AUGCAACUCCUUCCCCUCGCCCUCACCGCCGCCACCCUCCUCACCCACGCUCUCGCCAACCCCCUCGCCGCCGCAGCCCCGGCCUACAAAUGGUCCGUCACCAAAUGGUCCUUCACCCGCGGCCAAGCCGCCUACGACUACUCCUUCACCAUCUCCGGCGCCGCCCACGGCGCGAUCCCCGCCUUCAAAGCCUCCUGCACUGGCACUCAAACUGGCGGCUUUCGCGACUGCACCAUCCUCUCCGACAACCCGGUACCGCCGACGGUUUCUGCGAAUGUGAAUAUUGUGCAGGAUCCGGAGAACCCGAAUGAUAAUAUCCCGAGGGUGUUUGUGAGGGUGGAGUUUGUGGAUGAUGAGGAUUGUCGGUAUAAUGAUGCUGGGAACCACUAUGUUUCGCUUGCUCCGAAGAGGUUUAAGAUCGAUGCUAAGAAGUCCACGGCGAUUUGCUAG